GUCAAUCUAGUAUGAACAACCGAACAGCAGCAAACCGCAGCAAAGCAACUCAAACCCAGCCAAGCCAGACCGAGCCGACCGAAAGACUACUGAGUAUGUAAUGCAGGUAGUGACAGACUCUAUCAGAACCCCCACCCUCCCACACAUAGCGGCGCUAUGUGUGUCCCAUCUGUAGCCAUCUGUGUAGUAGUGGUGUAGUGUACCCACCCCACCGCACUCCACACCACCACUCCAUCCCACAAUCCCACACAAAUGCCUACGUACGUAUCCCAAUCCGCACCGCUGCUGCCGCCGCCGCCAAUCACAAGGGGCAAAGCCAAAAAGCAAAGCCAAAAAGCAAAAGCAAAAAGCCGAUCCCAACCACCGAACCAAAGCCAUCGAAGCCAGAAAACAAGCCAGCAAAAAAGCCAGAAGAGCCAAAAGUCCAACCAAAGAAGCCAACAAUAAGCCAAGCAAGCACGCACGCACGCACGCACGCAAGCAAACGCAAGCAAGCAAGAAGACAAAAAA